AUGUUUCUUUCAUCAUAUUUUUACUCCUUUCCACGUUUUACUAAGUGGCUUAGCUAUCUUUAUAGCUCCUUUCCGUUUUCUGCGGUGUCACCGCAGUUGUCUAGGGACGUUGCCGAGCAGUAUCUUGCACAGCUUCCUCUCCCACCUCACCCACAGCUCUCGGCAUUAUCUCUUUUCUCUCUAUGCCACACGUCUUCUUUUGGUAAGGACCACUGCCUGAGUGACUGGAAAUGGGUAAAUUCAACUAAAAGAACAUUUAAGAACCCCUUUUAUCGCCCUGUGAGUGAUCUUUCCCCUUUUAAAAGUUUUCUUGGUGAACCCAGGGUCGACGGUGCCAGGACAACUGAGAUCGCAAACCUCGGUGCCCUAUGGGAGUAUGCCAUAAAAAACCAUCAGAUACCCCCCUUGACUACUCUGUUGGAGUUUUUGGAGCGCUUGAAACUACUAUGUCCUCUUUUUAUUUACAUCGAAGAUCCUUCAUCGUUGUGCUCGUGGCGGUUAUAUGAAAACCUAGGGGGUAAUACGCUCAUGAGUGAGUUUCUUUUGCGAGGCCUUAUCAUCGGCUGGCAACCUUGGGUUAGACCAGGAUUGCGGCAUGAACUAGCAACAAACCCCAACAGGUCCUCUUUCUCUAUAUCUAAAGUGUUUUUGUCCUUGUCAAAUGUGAUUAAUGAUGAAGAUCUUCAUACUGUGGAGCUCCAACGCAAAUGGAAGGCGUUAUUGCAGUUGGUACCGCCUCAUUUUAUCUCCGUAGAAUGUCUGAAAACUCAGUUACUAAACCAAGCCUUCACUUCGGGUCAGAACACUGAGAAUCAGUCAAAUCACAAUCAGAACACGGAAAUAUCCCUUCAAUGGGAAGAUUUCACCCAUCAGAGUUCGAUUUUCCAUGGUUUGGAAUGGUCUUUUGAUCAAUAUAGUUUGCGUCUUGCUUCCUGUGCAACAUGCAUUAAUGCAGGUUGCAAACCUGAUUUGCUUCAGGUAGGUUAUGGUGCUGCUAACGCAAAUGAUGACCAGAUGCUUGAUAAGUCGACGUCUUCUUUUUGUCAGAGGCAAGUUCUUUUUUACGCCGCUCUGGAGCUAAUUGCUCGUUCAGUGCCAACUUUCUUUACUCCUCUUGAUAUAGUGCAGCGUCGGUAUGCCUCUGAAAGUAAAACAGUUCUUACCGAUCUACGAGAACGAUGUAUUUCUGCUGAUGGAAGUAGCACUUCUUUAACAAAGGAAGAAAUUCAGUGGCUAGAACGCCACUUUUCCCAUCUUGAGCCGCUCUUGGACCACCCGGAGUUACGAUUCGCGGUGGAGGUACGAGAUGCCACUGAAGGGGUAAUUACAGGCCAGCUUGCACGCUACCAGGCGCGGCUUCCUCUAAGUGGGGCCCUGGUGCGAUUACACUCCGACUUUUUUCAUCCUAGCCGUGGUCGAAUAGACUCUUACUUUCUUUUCCAGUUCCACAACUUGCCUUCCACGAAACCGCCGGACUCUGCCGAUCCGUGUGAGGUCGAGGCUACAAGUUCCACAUCGCGCUUCAGUUACGAAGUGCAGCUGUGCAAUGUCGGCACGCAUUCCGCUUUCACGUCAAUGGAGCUUAUCCAUACACUACUUGGGGGAUCCUCCUCAGAUCCUUUUCUACCAUGCGUGGUGGUCGAUGUCGUCCACCCACACGGUGCUUCCACUGCCGCUUCGAACCUUCCCUGCAGCGUCAAGGAAGACGGUGAGGGGGCCCAACCGAUGGCGCUGGUGCUGGGCUUCUGCACUGGAACACCUUUGUCAAAACCUUCGCAUGAACCGUGCUGUGGUGAAGUUUUAACUCAAGGACCACACCUUGGGGCGGUGCAUGUCUUUACCUUCCCCAUUUCGAACAGUCCGACAGGAUGGUGGCGUGACCUUCCUCAGCCGAUUCUCAACCUCCUGAGAAGUCUAAGUGUCUUAAAGUUGUUUUGUUCGUGUUUCACGAAACCCUUCAUAUCCACCAGCCACACGUAUGAAAAGGAUGAAUCCUUUGUUGGCAGUCUGCGCUGGCCGGCGUCGUUUGGAAGUCUUGGGGAUUUGGUUAUGUUAACCCAGUUCAUCGGCUACCCUAUCAGUGGCAGCGAUUUUUCUAUCGAACUUCUCAGGUCACUUUUAAUACAACAACUUGGUGUGUCGCUACACCUGGUCGAAACCGAUACCCAGUUCUCAAGUUUUAUCUUUAGAAACCUGACGGAGACGACCGCUCUGGCGCAUGCACUUUUUCUUUCCGCUCAAAGAGACGCCCAAAGUCUACUUCUGUUUUACCACGGAUUCUCACAAUCGGAUUCGUCGCUUUCGAAGUUUUCGACCUGCAAGAAUUCGUUGUAUUCAUCAUGGAUUAGUUUUGUGCGUAGUAGUCCUUCACAUCGUGUUGAUCGUGCUUUGACACUUCGACUUUACAGGCAUCUCCACAAGUGGUUCUCCGGGAUGAGUCCGAUAGGGGAUGGCCCUACCAUACAUCCAGUGCAAUCCUCCUUGCGAAGUGAGGCCAUGGAGUGUAUACAAAUGCCAGCUCGCCUUUUUAGUCUUCCCUUAUGUCGUAAGAAAGAGCUUCUGAUGGAAAUUACCUUUCUUUAUGGACCUGAAACUUUGCCUCAGUUACCCCCUUUGAGUCACCCAGAAGGAGUACCGCAAUUAUAUUCAAUGCCCACCAAAAAGGAAAAUUCACCUGCCUUGAUUUCUAGCGAGACGGGGACCACACAGAAUUUAUUCACGGUAUCCACUGCUCCUAAUAAGGAGGAGCCUAACAACAAACUCGAGACAAAAUGGGAUUAUAUGGAAAUCCUUGAAGGUGAUCUGAUGCGCGUAUUAAGGAAGAAAAUUCCCCACAAAAGUUCCAUCGUGAAGGAUGUUGAAUGUAACGCAGAGGAUGCAAUCAACUCAUGUGUAAACGAUGACGCUGUGCAUAGCUCAUCUUCCCCCCAUUUACAGACCGCUAACGAUAACGACUUUCUCAGCGUGCUGCUGACACCGUCCAGUCAAACCCACCUUCAUCCAGGCGCCACGUUUAGACCUGUCCAAUCGACGCCCUGCCCCACGAAUACGCCCCAUAAGACAUCCCUCGGGACAAACCGGGAAACUUUUUUUUUUCCGGACCAAUCCUACCCCCCCACCCAUCCAAAGCAGACCAAUUAUUUGAAAGGGUCGGUGGAAAAUAACCCGCCUCUUUCAUUUCCGUCCCCACAGACGGAUUCAACCACAGAAGUAGUUCAGUCAUUUACCUCUCCCAGCGUUCACACUAAGGCUCCGAUCGGACCCAAGGGAAGAGGAUUUUCUUCCACACAAGGCCUCCCAUUUCCCAGAAUCACGCUUUCAGAGGGCGUCUCCCCUGAAUUUGCACCAGCUUCUAGUGGUUUGAGUAAACAAACUUCUGGUUUUCGUUUUGGGGAUUACAAAAAUGUCCCCGAUAAAGAGCGAGAUCCUCCCAGCCGGAGAAAGACGGGGUCCCCUUCUUUCCCUGGGGUGGCACCACCUCCGGCCACUCCCCCGAAGAUUUCCCCUCCACCGCAGUCCCCCUCCCGGGCUGAACUUUGCACAGAGGCGGAAGACCCCUAUUUUAUCCCCGCCCCCAAGACUAUGUUUAUGCCCGAUUUCACGACUCCUAAGCCGAAGUAUACUCCGACAACGGGGGCCGAUACCUUCCAGUCAGAAAUUGACGACGGCACGCAUGAAGAGUCGAAUGCUUCACAUCUGACGACAGCUGAUAUUAAUACUGAAAAGUUGCGCUCACUGCUGCAAACAGAAAAAGGAAGGUUAUUACUGGAGGAACUUCUGAGAUAA